UCCUAAAAUGAAUGAAAGAUCCGACAGAGCGUCUUGAUAGAGUUCUGUGUCAGUCCGUGUCGAGCAGCAGAGUAACUUUUUUCUCAACUGUAUAGUCUUAUACUUAUACGAUUCAUUAAGUAUGUGUUCUAGUUAUUUGUCUAGUUAAGAAACUAGAUGUUUGCACGCGUCGUCUUCUACGCAGUUUUUUUUUAUGUAACUACACAGACAAAAAGAAGCUUAUGAGCUCAUGACGCCAGAGUGAGUGUUUGUGGAGAAAUGAAGAUGUCCAGGAGCGGAUCAGGUCUCCAGCCUCUUAAAGCUACUUUUCCCUUCACACUGCACAAACCAGCUGGAGCUGCUGUCACAAAUAUCACUUCAGGUGAUUGGUCCAAAGCAGAGUGGCGUUUGCAGACUCGGAUUCGGCGCACACUAUCUUUGGAUGCGAUUGUGGGGCCGUACUUGCAAGGCCAGUGGCCCAAAGUGGGUGACAAACACAGUCCCAGCAAACACUGCAGGGAAGACAAAUCCACACAGACACCACAAGCAUGGUUAGCUGGAGCUGAAACAACAGCUGCUGGAUUUCACAAACGCUCGGCAUCAUUGGGAAAUGCAGAACAUCUCCAGGAUGGAAGUGACGUGUGUGCAAGUUCAUCGUUUUCCAAGCUGAAACAACCACUUCAACAGAAGCAAAGGUCAGGUUUUCCAGUAGACAACCAAGAGAAACUGCACAACCAACAUCAGUCCUCGGCUGCGUCAUUGACUCGACUGCCGUCACGUCUGCGACACAGUGAAGAGAGACUAGAUCAGGAGCUGGAGAAAGUCUUCAUACAUCAUUCACCGGUUGGCAACUGUAGACUAUAUGAGGUUCCUGAUGGCCACAGGGCUCCUGUUCCACACCUGAGCUCCAGGAGUGGAUUUCAGAUUGAGUCUUCCUGUGUAGCUUCCCAGUCCUCUUCAUCUUCAGCCACAUCUUGCUCUCCGCAGCGCCCUUUAGAUCUUGACACUGUUGAGGAGGUCAACUCACGUAUCCUGAUGUUAUCUUCAUCACCACGGCCUAAUAAGACCUACUGCUUUCAGAGAGAUCCACCAGAGGGCUGUGAGAGAGUCCGAGUGUGUGAAGAGAACGUCCCUCCAGGCUUGUAUGUGUCAUCUUGCCCCGACCCCAACAAAGUGAACUUCACCACACACACAGGCUCAGCCUUCUGCCCUGUCAAUCUCCCGAAGCCCCUCCUUCCUCCUCCAGUGGACUUCCUGAUCUGCAGCCUCUCAGUUUCUCCAGGGUCCUGCUGGGUGGGACAGUGAUGACUUGAUAAGAAAAGAAAGAGAGAGAGAGAUGAAGUGACCGUGUCUUUAAAAACACUCAGUACUUUGCUUGUAAUGUUGCACUUGCUUCAGCAUCCUUACUACGAGAAAUUACAUUUUUUCAUUGUUGAACAGUGAAAAAUAUAUACAUUUAUUUUCUAAUUUAAAAAAUAAUUGUAAUAAGAGAGUGCCAGCUUUCUUUAUAUGGCUCACAGUGAGAGUGGUGAAAAUAUCCUAUUGGAAUGGCAGACAUGAUAGAUUUAUGGUAUAAUAAUAGACGGUUUUAUAAGAGAAAGGCUGUCCUUUGAAUAUUGAAUGAUGAAUAGGAAAGAAUAAGUAGAUUUUGUUGUUAUAUAAAGACAAAUGGUACGAUUAAGACAGUGCUUGUAUUUUAAAUCAGUAUUUUACCACCCACUUCAGCAUUAUAAUGAACAAUUAAAUUGGCAAUUGUUUUAUUUUUUUAUAUUUUACCUUAGCUUUAUUUAGUUGCAGUUAUUGAAAAGAUUGAAUUAGGUACUGUGGGUGGGUAUAUUCAUGUCAUUUGAUUUAAGGUGAAUAUCACCCUUUACAUUUGUGUUUUUUUUUUUUUUUUUAUGUUAAAAUUGUGUACCUUGUACAUAUAAAUGUUAAUUUUAUACUUGAAUAGAUGAAUCUGGACAUGAAUGUAAAAUCAGUUGGGUGCUCUGUACUGUUUGCACAUACGUUUUUGCUAAACAUAAGCUAUAGAAUGUGGUGACGCAUUAUCUGACUUCAAAGUAUUUCUUUAUUCAAUGUGCUCAUUUAAUGCACAUGAUUUUUGUUGAUGUUUUAAGUUUAGGUUAAAAUGCUUUAUGUUCAAAUGUAUUAGUUUGAACUAUUGGCCUUCUUGUUGGGAAGUGCUUGGGGAAACUACAUGCAAAUUGGUGAUUCAUCAAUCUUGUUUUUUAUUAUUAUUAUUCUUUUAUUGCUGUAAAUCAAUUUAAAAAUCCUUGCAUGUCUGCAGUAUGUUUUUGGCACUGAUAAAGGAGAAAUUAGCAAGAAUAGUGACUGAAUGUCUAUUCAAUCACUAACUUCAAAGUGGGUGCAUUUUGAGAAAUAGCAAACUGAUUUUGAAUGGUAAGACUGUAAAAAAAAAUUGUCAAUCUCACAUAAUGUAAUCUGCACUAAACAGGAAAAACUUAA